GCAGUCACAUUAAUGAACUGUAAAAUCCAAACAGUCUGCGUUAGCUUCUUCACUGUAAUUUGGAUGUUUUUCUCCGCCGUUAAUGAGUUUGAGCACCGGGGACCGACAUCCAUGAGUUCUUUGAUCUCUUAAGCCUACCCACUGUGGCCUCCGCCAGGGCUCGUAGCGUCCACUCGAUUAUCCUAAAGGAAGCGGGGACCCAGACUGACUGACACCCUGCUUCUCCUGCCGACCCCGCUUGUCAACCCCCGCCACCAUUGGACCUCUGUACUGCCGGCGGUGGAUCAGACCGCUCUCAUCGGAGGCUUUGUGAGGUGGUUUUUCGGUCUGGCGCCGCCUCCCCCUGGGGCCGGCGUGCGCUCCCAGCAGCCUGUGGUGCCCUGUGCUCCCCCCUCCCCAUCACUGCACACCAGAGCUCAUGCCCAGGGAGGAAGCGCGGCACGUCCGCCUGGAGCCAUGUGCCUCCCUCAAACCAUCAACAUGGACAGCAAGCUGCAGGGGGCUGGGGUGGGGGGAGGGGCUUCACUUCGACCACAAGCAGGGGGCGUUUCUCUGGAGCCGUUCAUACACCAGGUGGGGGGUCACUCCAGCAUGAUGCGUUACGAUGACCACACAGUGUGUAAGCCUCUGAUCAGCAGAGAGCAGCGCUUCUACGAGUCUCUGCCUCCUGAGAUGAAGGAGUUCACUCCAGAGUAUAAAGGUGUGGUGCUGGUGUGUUUUGAAGGCGACUCUGAUGGCUACAUCAACCUCGUGGCGUACCCUCAUGUGGACAACAUGGACAUUGGGACAGGGGAGCACGAGGAGCGGGACACUCAAGAGAGAGAGCAGCCCAGGAGGAAACACUCCCGCCGCAGCCUCCAUCGCUCAUCCUCUUCUACUGAGCACAAGGAGGAGCGGGCCGACAGAAAGGAGGUGCACGACACAGGCGCCUCGGACAGCCUUGCAGAACUGAAGAGUCCGAGGCUCGAUGCAAAGAUCCAUUCAGACGUUCCGUUUCAGAUGCUGGACUGGAACAGUGGGCUGACCUUAGAGAAGAUCAGUCACAACCCCUGGAGCCUCCGCUGCCACAAAGAGCAGCUCAGCCGCAUGAGAUCCGAAUCAACGGACCGCAAACUCUUCAAGUUCCUGUUGUUGGAGAACGUCGUCCAUCACUUUUCUUACCCCUGCAUCCUGGACCUGAAGAUGGGCACCAGGCAGCAUGGAGACGACGCCUCUGAGGAAAAAGCAGCCAGACAGAUGAAGAAAUGCGAACAGAGCACCUCAGCGACGCUGGGAGUCAGAGUGUGUGGCAUGCAGGUGUUCCAGCUGAGCACGGGUCACUACCUCUGCAGGAACAAGUACUACGGCCGCAGCCUGUCAAUCGAAGGCUUCCGCCAGACCCUCUACCAGUACCUGCACAGUGGAAAGGGCCUGAGGCGGGACCUCUUUGAGCCAAUCCUCAACAAGCUUCGGGGCCUGAAGGCAGUUCUGGAGAGGCAGGCAUCAUAUCGCUUCUACUCUUCCUCACUGCUCAUCAUCUAUGAGGGAAAGAAACCUGAGGGCUCUUUGGUCCCCAGCCCUGGACAGAAUGCAGCCAGACCACAGAAGACCCCUGGGGCUCCAGAACCCAACGCUCCACCUCCCCCUGAUGCUCCCCGUGAAACGGACAUGUGUCAGAACCCCGACCCGGGGUCACUGUCAUCUCAGGAACCUGAACACACAGCCCCACCGCCCCCCUCCCCUCACCCCCCCACCAGGUCAGACUCCAUUGUCCCCCGCCCCCCCUCACCUCAAAGUCAUCCGGACUUCCCCUCCCCUGCUCUAGGUUUGAGUUCCCUCCUUUCUGCCCCCGUGUCGCCACAGCCCCCCCUGGUGGACGUCCGUAUGAUCGACUUUGCCCAUUCUACCUUCAAGGGUUUCCGUGGCGACACAGCGGUGCACGAUGGGCCCGACAGGGGUUACGUGUUUGGACUGGAGAGUUUGAUCCAGAUCCUGGAGAGUCUUCGAGACAACAAUCUGCCAUAACUCAGAAACCUGUUGGUGUUUGUGUCAACCCACCAGGGAUCUACCCUAACACACACACACACACACACACACACACACACACACCAUCCAGUGGUGUUCUCCAGAACUGAGACAUCUCAGCUGUAAACAUGGAACACAGUUUUUCAGGACAUCACCAUAGCAACCAGGUCAUUUUACAGUAAAGUUGUUACUAUAGCAACGGUUUGGAGACAGGACAGUGGAGCCCAAAAAAAGCUGCAAAGGUAUGAAGAUGAUAGAUACAAAAUACACACACACCGUCUUGGUUCCCUAUUCUGGCGAGGACCUUCUUGGCCACAAAGCAUUCCCUACAUGACCUCAUCACAACACGUCGUACGUUUCAGGUUGCAUAAAACCCAGGAUGUAGUCCAGAGGCUCCUGAGGCCACUACUUCGGCACCUUACUCAUCUGGUGGAUUUAAUUUUUUAUUGGCGUUAUUUCAAAGAGCUCCUAUCAACAUGUUUCCAUCAGUCAGAUCAGUGAAAGCAUGUUCCACUAAAUCCAUUUGUUAGUUAAAGGUAUUUCCAAACUUGUAUCUUAAUACUAGCCAGACCGUAGAAUGACUGAUGAUUUUAUUAAAAAUCAAGUAAUAACAGCUUGAAUUGUUUUACAGAACUAGACCAUAAUAAUAAUCAAGGUAUCCAGUCAAACAGGGUUUUCUUCUUCACUGUGCAGAGUAACGAAUGUUCAGAGUUUAAAUGAAAAAGCUUGUUUGUGCUGGGAGCUGGCGCUGAAGACACAAACCAGCAAAACUAGACCAAAGCAGAGCAUUUAUAUUUAUUAAAACGUAUCAUUUAACAUCAGAAGCUUUCCUGCUUAAACAGCGGCCUGUCUGUUACAAUCUGUGGAGGGAAUUUCAAAAUAAAAGAAGAUGGGACUCACUCCUGUCUUCUAAAGUCAGACUGGUCCUCACAAACACCUUCACCCUGGAAACAGCUGCUGUUGGAGCAGCACCGCAGGACACAACCGACUCGAUCGGCUGGUUUUGGCCACUCUGCUCCUUUGCUGACCGUUUCUUCACCACCUCCUUUUCUUCUACAGAAACAUAUGAAUCGACUUUUCUAGUCUUACCUCAGAGACACACCCAAGCAUCUGUUAAAGCAAUAGCUCUUUGUUAUAGAUGUGAAUAACUUUUAUUUUGGUGUUGCACACGGCCAUGAAAAGCACCUCAGAUGUCGACUUCAUGGAGAGAUACAGUUUUGAAAUGAUGUGUCAGUUUUGGGGAAUACUUUAAAGCAAACAAGUGUUUGUAGUCUGUCUUGUGAGAUUACGCUCUGGGUUGUCUUGUUUUAUUGGAAGCAAAAGUGUUGACCUCCCAAACCUGCUGUGGUGGAACCCAGAUGUUUGUUUUAUUUUCAUUAGUAAAUCUCAUGAAAGGUCAAAUCUGUCCUGCUGCGUUGGAUAGUUCCUGUUUUAUUAUCGUAUGUUUCAGAAGCAAACUAAAGCAUCAUAAAUGUACAGUUUGUUGCUCUCCUGGAGCUUUUGAAUAAUUGAAAUUUUAAGAAUCCAGAAAAACUGCUGGUUGGAGUGGUGGUACAGAUGUUGAAAGUUGUUCAGAAGCAGCAGUCCGUGAAUUUUUUGGACCUAAUGGAGAUGGGUUGUUGGUGUCUUCUAAUGGGACUUGUUAACAUUUAAAGAGGCAUAUUGUUGCCCUCAUUUAUCAGGGUUUGAUCAUAUGACUGAAUACUAUGAGUAGAAUAUUUUUCACAGGAACGAAAAAUCUGACCAAAAAAAAACCAAACAAAAUUAUUAAGGUUCUUUAAAAUGUUCGGUCGUUAACUUUGUUGAAUUAUCAUCCAGCUUUGCCUCAAAAUAAAAAUAUAUAUAUUUAUAUUAAAAUGUUUAUCAUCAGUCUUCCUGUUACUGUCAGCAGCAGUGGCAACAGAGUGUGUUCUGAUUGGUCCAGAGAAAAGAUAAUUAGCCAAUCAUAGGCUACUUAGCUUAAGACUGGUCUUGAUGCAGCACUGCCCCCUGUUGGUCAGUAACAGGAACUAAACCCAGGAGUUAGAACGAGACAGAGCAAAAAGUAAUAUUUUUGUUUUAUCGAGGUAAUAAUUUAUUUUUUUAAUCGUAACUUCAGAAUGUUUUGUCUUUCACACGUCUCCCCUGUAGAAGUGUAACAAGAAAAAAUAUCAAGAAAGGAAGAGAUAUGAUGUUUGAAUUGUCUGGAGUAUAAAGGCAGUAUUAUUAGAGCAAACUCAGGUCUGUAUUUUCUGCUGCUUCAGCUCCAGAUUCCAGGCUUCAGUCAGCUCACGGAGCACUUUCACCUGCUGUGGGAAACUGUGUUCAACCCAUAUGUGUGUGUAUGUGUGUGUGUGUUAGAGGGUAUGCAGUCACCAUCCUUAGUCCUUGGUUUGUUCCACUUCACAUCUGUCAGAGACCUGCAUGCUCAUCAACAUCCUCCAGGUUGAGUCCAUUUCCUCCAUCUUGUUGCCAUCAUCUCAGAUCCUCACGACUUUUAAAGCUGUCGUGGUUUUCUGCUUCAGAGAUUUGAUGGGACUCAUCUAGCAACAUUUCCUGCAUCUGACAUCAUUAUGAAUGUUUGUUAGAACAGUGAAAGUAAGUGAGAUUAAAUCUUUUCAGAAGA